AAUGGUCCACGACACAAGCGCUUGCUGCCAUUUUAAAUUCCCCGCCACCUUUUAGUUGUCAGUUGGAAGGUUUUCCGUUUCCACUCCACGUCUCUUGCAGUUGGAGAUAGACAUCGCUGUUCUAGGAUCUAUAGGUAUUGCUGCGGCAACAUGGGAGAUUCUUCAAAGUAAAUCUGAUUUUCUCAAAAAUUAAUGUCAUAAAUCUGGUUCUCUGAUGACUGACGCCUUUUCCUUUGAGCCGCUUUCAGUUUGAUUGAAUUCUGAGCAUUCAUCAUGUAUGGAAGAACUUUUCAGGGAGGAUAUGAGCAACACACUCAGACUGCUUGUUGCAACUGAUUGCCAUCUGGGUCAUAUGGAGAAGGAUGAAAUACAGUGGCAUGAUUCAUUUCAGGCAUUUGAGGAAAUAUGCUCAAUAGCUGAGCAAAACCAGGUAGAUUUUUUACUUCUUGGAGGUGAUCUUUUCCAUGAGAAUAAGCCUUCAAGGACAACUCUUGUUAAGACCAUUGAGAUCCUCCAUCGCUAUUGUCUCAAUGAUCGACCAGUGCAGUUUCAAGUUGUCAGUGAUCAAACAGUGAACUUUGCAAACAUAUUUGGUCAUGUAAAUUAUGAAGAUCCUCACUUCAAUAUUGGCUUGCCAGUGUUCAGUAUUCAUGGAGAUCACGAUGAUCGGAGUGGUAUGGACAACCUUUCUGCAAUUGAUAUCCUCCCUGCAUGCAAUCUUGUGAACUAUUUUGGGAAAAUGUUUCUUGGAGGAUCUGGUGUUGGUCAGAUCACCCUCUAUCCUAUUCUUAUCAGGAAGGGUUCAACAGCCAUGGCUCUGUAUGGCCUUGGUAACAUCAGGGAUGAGAGGCUCAAUAGAAUCUUCCAGACGCCACAUGCUGUACAAUGGAUGUGGCCUGAAUCAAAAGAAGGAUUUCCAGUGUCUGAUUGAUUCAACAUUCUGGUACUUCAUCAAAAUAGAGUAAAGACAAACCCUAAAAAUGCAAUAAAUGAGCAUUUCUUGCCACGGUUCCUGGACUUCAUUGUGUGGGGUCAUGAACAUGAAUGCCUGGUAGAUCCUCAGGAAGUUCCAGGGAUGGGCUUCCAUAUUACUCAACCGGGGUCUUCUAUUGCAACUUCUCUAAUUGAGGGGGAAGCAAAGCCUAAACAUGUGCUUCUCUUAGAAAUUAAGGGAAAUCAGUAUUGUCCAUCUAAGAUUCCAUUAAAGUCAGUGAGGCCUUUUGAAUAUGCUGAGGUCAUACUAAAGGACGAGAAGGGCAUUGAUCCCAGUGAUCGAACAUCCAUUCUUGAACAUUUGGACAAUGUGGUCAGGAAUUUGAUUGAAAAAUCGAACAGAAAGGCUGUCAGUGCAUCAGAGAUCAGGCUUCCUUUAGUCCGAGUAAAGGUAGAUUACUCUGGGUUUAUGACAAUAAACCCUCAAAGGUUUGGGCAAAAGUUCGUGGGGAAGGUUGCAAACCCGCAGGACAUUCUUAUUUUCUCAAAGUCUAGCAAAAGACAUCAAUCUCAUGGAGAGAAAAUUGAAGAUUCUGAACGACUUCUCCCUGAAGAACUGAAUCAACAAAAUGUAGAUGCUCUGGUUGCGGAAAGUAAUUUGAAAAUGGAGAUACUGCCAGUUAACGACUUGGAUGUUGCAUUACAUGAUUUUGUUGACAAGGAUGAUAAAAUGGCUUUCUAUUCUUGUGUGCAAUAUAAUCUUGAAGAAACACGUAACAAGAUUUGUCGAGAAUCAGAUAAUCUGAAGUUUGAAGAGGAUGAUCUGUUUGUUAAAGUUGAGAAGUGCAUGCAGGAACGUGUGAAGGAAAUGUCUAUGCGCUCUAAAGACGAUCCUCAGUUCACAUCCAUUUCACAAUCUGUACAGGCUUCCAGCGAUAGAAGUAGAGCCAGCCUUGGAAGUCAAGUUUCAUUUAGUGAUGAUGAAGACGACACCCAAAUGCCCUCAAGCUCAAAAUCUACUGCCAGAGGCAGGAAACAAUAUCAAGCUUCCAGGUCCUCUCAAGAUGCUUCAAAACUUGGUAAAGACAGAAGUUCUACGAGAGGCAAUGCUAGGAAUACGGGCAGGGGCUCUAGUAGGUUAAAGCAAACUACUCUCGAUGCUAUGAGAAUUCACCAUUCUGAGAGACCUGCAUCAGUUGCCGCAUCUUCUGCAGUCCGCAGUAUUGUGGAGGCAGAAGAUGUUGCGGAUUCUUCUUCAAAUGAUGAACUGGAACAACAUGAAAUAGAUAAUGUUGAGGGAAGUUCGGAGGGUGAAGAAAAUCUCCCGAGCAAAGGACAGAAAAGAGGUGCUUCAAGAGGCAGAGGCAGGGGCAGGGGCAGGGGCCUUACAUCAUCCUCGAAGCGGGGAAGGAAAUCAGAUAAUGCUUCCAUUCAUAAAUUGCUCAUGAACCAAGAUGAUGAUGACAAUGACAGGAAAAACAGGAUAAAGGAUCAACCUCAGCGUCGGCCCUUCAGUGCUUCCUAUGCAACUAGAAGCCUGAAGCAUGAGACAUCAUUGAACCCUUUCUUUUACCGGAAAGAAGUAGAAACAAAUGUCUGUCUAUUAAAUGUCUAGCUUCUCUGUAUUACUGGAUUCAAAUUCACCUAGCAUUCUUACCAAAACAGUUCAUAAUGUGACGUGAGUUAUGGGGCUUUGAGGAGAUGAUCACCACUGAGGUUUGUGUAGUAUGUUCUUGAGUGGUUUUGCCCGUCUCAGUUUAUGUCUGGCUGAAUUCCUUUACAUUCCUAAUUUUGGCGCAUUCACAAUGUAAAUCAUCUGGAUUGACAUCGAAUAGAACUGUAAAUAUAUAAUUGGUAGCACCUUUUCUUUAGCAACAUAAAUAAUUUCUUUCCCCUUUACUAGUCAGUAAUGAAUUUUUGAAGAAC